AUGCAUCAAGAAAUCUCCAAGUACCUCAAUGAGAAUCUUACGGUUGACCCUAUAUGCCAUCUCACCUAUGGGUUUGGGCCCAAGGGAUCUCCUCGACUCAGGAAAGCCCUUGCUGCCUUCCUAAAUUCCAACUUCCGGCCUCGUACUCCUGUUCAGCCCGAUGAGCUUGUUGUUUUGAACGGUGUGACAUCUGUUGUUGAUACCCUUACAUGGUCGAUCUGCAAUGAAGGAGAGGGGAUAAUUAUCCCUAAGCCAUUCUACACCGGGUUUGCCGUGGAUAUUCAAACACGGGCCAAAGGCGUCAUUGUUCCUGCGUUGUUCCAGCCUCUGGAGGAAUACCAAGGCUUUGACGAUGUCUUCAGUGCCAGUCACAACAUCAAGGCCCUGGAAAACGCACUCAAGGAGGCCGAAGAAAAGGGAAUCAAAGUUCGGGCAUUCCUCCUGACUAAUCCGCAUAACCCUCUUGGAAGAUGCUAUCCGGUUGAAGCAAUCAAGGAGAUUGCACGCUUCUGCAGUCAUCACAACCUCCAUUUGAUCAGUGACGAGAUCUAUGCCAACUCAGUCUUUGACAAUGCCCAGACACCGGAUGCCAUCCCAUUCUCCUCCAUCCUAUCAUUGGAUCUUGAUGGCAUCAUUGAUUCUCAGUUCGUCCAUGUUGCCUAUGGUGCAAGCAAGGACUUCUGUGUCAAUGGCUUGCGGCUUGGCAUGCUGUACACAAGAAAUCAGGGUCUGCUUGGGUCAAUGGCCAGCAAUAGCAUGCUUCAAUGGCCGCCCUAUGUGAUCCAAGAUGUGUGGGCUAAAAUUCUGGAAGACGAAGAGUUCACACGUAACUUCUUUGCCACCAACCGGCAACGCCUAGGAACUCAGUUUGCUCGGGCAACCAAAUUUUUGGAUGACCAUGGGAUCCCAUACUACAAGAAGGCGAAUGCUGGCAUGUUCAUUUGGAUUGAUCUCAGACGUUUCUUGGUGGGAUUGCCUGCUGGUGCAGAUGUGCCAAAUCUCUCGAUCCAUCGCCUGUCACCCGAAGAGAAGCAGGAAUACCAGCGUAGGGAGAAGGAAAUCGGCAGUCGCCUCCGGAAAAACGGAGUGGUUAUCGCAUUGGGAAGCAACUUCUUUACUGAAGAGUUGGGAUGGUUCCGCCUGAGCUUCACAGCAGUGAAGGAAGCUUUAGAAGUCGGGCUUGAGAGGAUCUGGAAGACGCUGCAAGAAGUGGAGGCGUCGGGCUGGAAUUGA